CAUGGCCACUGCGGAUAGUGAGUGUGGAGCUGUUCUUUGUCGUCUUUCAGAGGUAACUCAAACGAAUGAAAACCCUAGUUCUUUUCAGAACUCUUGCACGGGUAUUCAGGAGUUUGUUACAUCUGAAGCUUAUGGCAAGGAAAUCCCAGAAACGUCGACGAAGGCGAAGAUAGUUGGUGUAAAUUCGAAUACCGUUGCAAGUCCAGAUGAAGAACUCUCGACAUUUGGUCGCUUAGAUUGGACAAAGUCUUUGGCUAAUCUUCCAUCUUUUACGCACGAGAAGCUUGAGCAUAAGCUAGUUAAAAGUAGAAGAGGAAAAUCCGAUAAUUAUGCGCCUAACGCUUUUAGAAAUAUGAAGAAAGGUUACGGUCUCUGGUGAGAAGGAUAUGUAAAGAAUACAAUGGUAAAAGCAAAUGUUCCUACUUCAAAUGGGGAGGUUGUAUUUGUUGUAAAGGCGCGUGUUGGUGCAUCUAUGAAAAGUGUGAGCUACUCUGUAUUUGUUCAUUUAAAUCAGAGAACUGCUGCAGUGGAGUAUAGUAUUUGUAACUGUAAAGCAGGACAAGGUGGAUGCUGCAAACAUGUCGCAGCGUUACUUUACACAGUGUUAGACUUUGUGAAUCUUAAGCUUUCUGCUGUUCCUGCCGAACUUACGUGUACUCAGCUACCUCAAAAAUGGAAUGUACCAUCUGGCAAUUCUAAAACUCUUGAGAAAGCUGUAAAAUUUGUACACUUGCUUUUUGAAAAGGCUGAUGUAAAUAAAACCAAUAAACAACAUUCUGUAAGAGGUGUUAGAGAGAACUACUGCUCGACCCCACCAUAUGCACAAGAACUUACCAAAGAAGACAUCAAAAUAAUGGCAGAUGCCUUUCAAAAAGUUAAUAGGGCAUCAUUGUUAUGCGAAGCAUUUAAAUCAAAUGAAUAUCAGCCUUGUAAUACUUUUGAGACUUCUUGCAAUCGAAUGAUAAAGAGGAGAAAGCUGGUGUGGAGUCUUUGCCUGAAGAUCCAUCUUCGUGUAUUAUAAACAAGGUUUUUAAGAAUGUGGCUACAGAUUAUAGUCCUUCUUUGGGCUAUUCUAAACAACAAUUGGAUGUAAUCUUGAAAACAGUUUUUGUCACAGUUAUCCAAGCCAAAGAAAUAUGCAUGAAUACAAUCGAACAACGUAAAAGUCCUUCUUGGUAUGAUGAAAGGUGCAAAAGACUAACUGCUUCUAUUUUUGGUAAAGUUAUAAAUCGAAGAAAAACUAUACACCCUACAUCUGUGCUUAAAACAAUCACCAAAUCUAACAAAUUGUUUAAAAAUAUACCUCAACCACUAAAGUGGGGUAUAGAUAAUGAGAAGAUUGCUCUUGAAAAAUACAAAGCUAAAUCUUUACUGGAAGAAAAUACACACUUAAGCCAUUGUGGCCUGGUUAUUAGCCCGAAAUGGCCAUGGCUUGGAUGUAGUCUACCUUGUCCUGCUUUACAGUUACAAAUACUAUACUCCACUUCAGCAGUUCUCUGAUUUAAAUGAACAAAUACAGAGUAGCUCACACUUUUCAUAGAUGCACCAACACGCGCCUUUACUGUGUAGACGUCACUUCCUGUUGAAUAUUACUCCGCUUAUAAUGUAUAUAUAUAGAUGACAUUUAGAUAAAAGGGCACUUAAUAAAAACUCUACAU